AUGGGUCUUCGACUAGCCGGGCACGUAACAGCACGUCAAAGCGUGAAUGUGUACAUCCAAGUGCCCAGCACAGUGCAGCUCACGCAGUGCCCCAUCACGUCGCUGCCUCGCGUCCUCAACGCUGACCUCACGACCGUCCCCGGCUCCAGCGCCUCACCGACCCCGCUCCAGCGCCUCACCGACCCCGCUCCACCGCCGCGGACAAGAUCCGAUGGAAGGAUUUUGUCCGCGGCUUCCUGA